GCACAUAGUAAAAGUCGAAGCUUUAGGCUGCAUUUACGAAAACCCCACAAAACACAGCAAAAUCUCUUAAUUCUUCAAAAUAUAUACACAGUCAUAAAUCUUAAUUCUUGUAUUCAGUAUAUCGCAAUAGACUAAACGGGACGGUGGGGUGGUUCUGACAGGAAGUUAAAGAAACCGGCGUUAGAAAAUAGACAAAUAUGGCUAACGCGGCGGCUAUUGCUGAGAGGGCAACUGGUGAUAUGUUGAUUGGUCCAGACUGGGCAGUGAAUCUAGAGCUAUGCGACGUCAUAAAUAUGGAUCCUGGGCAAGCAAAGGGUGCACUGAAGAUACUCAAGAAAAGAUUGGGAAGUAAAAACCCUAAGAUACAGCUCCUUGCAUUGUUUGUUCUGGAGACUCUUACCAAAAAUUGUGGAGAGAAUCUGUUUCAGCAGAUCAUUGAGCGGGAUAUUCUACACGAAAUGGUCAAAAUUGUAAAGAAGAAGCCUGAUUUAAAUGUGAGGGAGAAAAUCUUAAUCUUAAUAGACACUUGGCAAGAAGCCUUUGGGGGACCCGGGGGAAGGUUUUCCCAAUACUAUGCUGCCUAUAAUGAGCUGAAGUCUGCUGGUGUAGAAUUCCCACCUCGAGGCGAAAAUAGCGAACAGGUAUUCGCCCCACUACACACACACCCAAUAGAGUAUUCUGCUUCUGCAUACGAGGAAGCUGCUGCUUCUGCAUAUGAGGAAGCUGCUGUCCAGGCCUCUCUUCAGUCUGAUUCCUCUGGAUUCAGCUUGCCUGAAAUACAAAACGCUGAGAGACUUGUGAAUGUUUUGAUGGAAAUGCUUCGUGCCUUGGAUCCAAAGAAUCCUCAGAGUGUAAAGGAUGAGGUGAUCAUUGACCUUGUUGAACAGUGUCAUUCAUAUCAAAAGCGAGUCACUGUUCUUGUGAAUAAUACCGUAGACGAGGAUCUUCUACUCAAGGGAUUAGCACUGAAUGAUAAUCUGCAACGCGUUCUUAGCAAGCAUGAUGAAAUUGCCGGAGGAACCACGACAGUUGCAUUAGGGACAACAGAAACUCCAGCUGCCCCUCUUUUGAAUGUCAAUCACGAGGAUAAUGAGUCGGAAGGGGAUUUUGCUCAGUUAGCACACAGAUCAUCAAGAGAUACGUUGCAAGGACUGUCACAGAAGCCCAUUGCUGGAAAGAGUGAACCUACGUGGACCAAACCAGUUCUUCCUCCACCAUCAUUAACUAAACCUACUAGUUCUGAGUCUGAUACGGUGGAUUAUCUUAGUGGGGAUUUUUAUGAAUCAGAACAAUCUUCGAGAAGAUCAGGAUCAACUUCGAUUGCUGCUCAAUCUCAGUCAAAGGACCGAAACACAACCCCUAAUGUGAACCCGAAGUUGUCCACCUCCCCUGCAGAUGAUUUGGUAAAUCCGACAGCAUCUACGUUUUCUCCAGAAUUCACGUACGACGAACCUGCUCCAAAAAGUAAAUCUUCUGACGAGUUGCCUCCGGCUCCUUGGGAUGUUCCUGUCUCCAGCCCACUCCCUCCUCCACCUUCCCGGCAUAACCAAAGACAACAAUUUUUCGAGCAAAACUCUUUUGGCCGUGGUCUUUCUCUCUCAAGCAGCAAAUCUGGUGGCUCUUAUGACAGCUUAGUCGGGCAAACUCAGAAUCUCUCGAUCAAAUCACCUGCCACUACCCGACAAGAAAAUUCUACUGAAGAUGCACUCUUCAAAGAUUUGGUUGAUUUUGCAAAAGCCAAGUCCUCAUCUCCUAAACCCAAUAGGUCCUUUUAACUGAUGUUAAUCAGUUGGAACUAUUUGGAUGGUACAGAGUGAGCAUUGAUUGAUCAAAAUAGCUUUCUUUUUCUGAAAAUUACCGGGACCUUCAUAUAAAGAUUCAUGGGAACUUUGUUGAUUUAUAAGCAGCAAUUUAUGAGUACUGUGUUUUGAUGAUUUGGAGCCUCAGACCUUUGUGCAUAUAGCUGGUGACGUGUUGUAGCUGAGCUGACUACUUAGAUAUAUGAUUAUUUCUAUGUAUAUUUUCUUAUUUUAGGCUGCACAAAUGGCUUCUUUUAUUUCCAGUACAAUUAGGUUCGAUUACAUGAA